CAUCCUUUAACUCCAAGAUGGCGGCGGCCACGAGCAGCGGCGUGGGGAAGCGACGGGAUGAUUUCCUGGGGUUCACUCCGUUCUCUAAGAGCGGGGACAAGACCAAUACACCGAAGAGGAAGAGGGUGAACCGGAACAAGAAGAAGAGCUGGAAGAAGCACAGCGAUGUGCGGGACGUGGAGGACUUCCUGGACGACGUGCGGCUGCAGGAGAGAACCGUCGGGGGUCUGUUGGCAGAAAAAGCGGAUGAAAAUUUGUUCUUUGUUGACACUAGCAAAAAGAAGAAAGGUGCCAAAAAGCAACCUAAAAGAAAACUCCUCAGACCUCUAAGGAUCGACCUAAUUUUACAGCCCGAUUCCAAAGUACCAGCACCUAAAGACAUUUUAUCUCACCAGGUGCCCAAUGCCAAGAAGUUGAAAAGAAAACAGGAACGAGAGGAGAAGCUGGAAAAGAAGGGGAUUUUACCCCGUACAGACAGACUCCUCCUGGCACAAAAAGACAGACCCAGCUCAGCACCUAAAGAUGUGGCCAACAAUAACCCUGACAGAGGCUUCUAUGACCUGUGGGGAGAGAAAAAUACCUUAGAUUCUGCGGUAGAGGGAAAAGAUCAGUGGUAUCUGGAACAGACCAAGAAGGGUCGUGUAAAGCGUCCUGAAAGACUAAACAAAAAACCAUCUGAGCUUCCAGCUAUUGAAGUUGCUGCUCCUGGGGCCUCCUACAACCCAUCCUUCGAAUCACAUCAGAAUCUGCUGCUGGAAGCUCAUGAAAUAGAAGUGAAGAAGCUGAAAGAGGAGAAGAAGCUGGAGAGACAGGUCAAACGUCCCUCUAAGGAUGAAGUUGCCACAGAGGAAAGUAAUCUAAUGGAACAGUGCGAGGGUAUAGUUGAGGAGUCGGACGACGACAAUCCUUUAGAAGAUGAAGGGGGACAAGAGGAACAAAUGAUGACAUCCCUACCUCGGCGGGAGCGGAAGACUGAACGACAAAGGAAGAAGGAAAAAGAAGUCAAAAUCCAGAAAACUCGUCUAGAAGCUGAGAAAACAGAGAGACUGCGGCGACAGAGCCUGUUCCAGUUGAAAUCCAUCCAGACAUCUCUGAAGUCUAGACAAGAAGAGCUCUUAAAACGCAAGAGGCUGCGGGAGGAGAAACGAAAAGCAAAGGCCCUACAACCGAAGAGACUGGGUCGGCUAAAGUAUCAGGAGCCCGACGUGGAUCUCAAGCUAAGUGAAGAGCUAACAGACUCUCUGAGGAAAUUGAAGCCGGAGGGGAGCGUUAUCAAAGACAGGUUUAAGAGCUUCCAGAAGAGGAACCUCAUCGAACCAAGGGAGCGUGCAAAAUUCAAGAGAAAACUAAAGGUCAAAUAUGUGGAGAAACGAGCAUUCCGGGAAAUCUCGGCCUGAUUUGGACGUGGGCUUCCCAUCCAUGGCUGGAUCUAUACUUUAGCGGUCUGUUUAGAGCCUGACUGUUGCUGAGUGACAUGGCAUCUUCUGAAGACCUUUUACUAGCAGCCUGCUAAUGGCUAUAUGAUUAGGAGGAUUCAUCAGGUCACGGUCAGCACUUUCCAAGUUUAUCCCGAUUGAGUUAUUUCAUCUGUCUGCUGGAUGUUUGGUAGCAGAACCUGACAUAGAGCUUCUAAACCAGAGGCCGGUUUCCCCGUACAGUCUCUUCUCACGCGGCAAGCAAUUUUUCCCCUGAGUGGUGUGGGGGUUACUGUAUGUCAUAAGAUGACACAAAGAGAAUUGCAAGAUCAUGAAAGUGCCAUGACCUACAAGCUGGUUGGAGUCGGGCUGCUUCUCCUUGGUUGUACAUUGGACAUUAAUGCCUUUGACUUUGUACAAGGACUUUAUUACACCCUGCAAAUAAAUAUAUCUAUUUUGGAA